AUGUCUUCUAACCUUUCAAGAGACAUUUCAGAGUUAUCACUCGACCCAGAAUCAUCAUCCUCAACACCUCAAUCAACAUCAACACCACCACUUUCCAAUGGAUCAGGUUAUUCCACCACUGCUCAAACUUCAAUAAAUCAUCCAAAACCUUUAAGAAAUAAAAAAUCUUCAAUGAAUCGUUUAGAUUCUCCAUUAGAUACAAGACCUGCUUCUCCUUAUACUUUGAACCCUCCAAUAGAUUCAGAUGGAUUAUCAUGGCCAAGUGUAGGUGCAAGAAAAAGAAUUGAAUCAAAUGAAGAAGAAUCUAAACAACGUGAAAAAAGAAUAAGUGAUGCUGUUAAAGUUAUACUGGAAGAAUUAGGUGAAGAUACAAAUAGAGAAGGUUUAUUGGAAACACCUGAAAGAUAUGCAAGAGCAAUGUUAUUCUUCACAAAGGGGUAUGAAGAUAAUAUUAGAGAUGUUAUUAAACGUGCUGUUUUUGAAGAAGAUCAUGAUGAAAUGGUUAUUGUUAGAGAUAUUGAAAUUUAUUCCCUUUGUGAACAUCAUUUAGUUCCAUUUUUUGGGAAAGUUCAUAUUGGUUAUAUACCAAAUAAGAAAGUUCUUGGUUUAUCAAAAUUAGCAAGAUUAGCUGAAAUGUAUUCAAGAAGAUUUCAAGUUCAAGAAAGAUUAACAAAACAAAUCGCAAUGGCUUUAACUGAAAUUUUAAAACCUCAAGGUGUUGCUGUUGUUAUCGAGGCUACUCAUAUGUGUAUGGUUAGUCGUGGUAUACAAAAAACUGGUUCAAGUACAGUGACUAGUUGUAUGCUUGGUUGUUUUAGAGAAGCUCAAAAAACAAGAGAAGAAUUCUUAGGUUUAUUAGGAAAGAGAUAA